AUGCCGCCACCAGAAAUUCAGCAAGAAAGCCAAGCGUUUAUUUCUUGGUUAUCGCUAUUCAAACUCUCACGGCCCGUCACUUCGCUCGCCGACCUUGACGAUGGAACUGUGCUCUUCGAGGUCCUCUCUCAGGUUGACGAAGAAUACUUUCACAAUCCACCCCGUUCUCAGUCGUCCGAAAACUGGCCGGCUCGAGUGCCCGACUUGCAGGCCAUCGCCCAGAACCACGAUGUCGUCCAGACCCUCGCGCUUUGCCGACUGACCAUCGCGAUUUCGGUCCAGAGCAAGAAGAACUCGGAGGUCAUUGCCGGGAUUCAAAAGUUGCCGCAGACGGAGCAGAGGUCGAUCAUGACUGCUAUUGAAAAGGUCAUGUCGAGGUUUACGGAACAGGAGCGUCGUGCGGGGGAUACAACUAUGACCGACGAUGAUCAUUAUUACCAGAUGCAAUUAGAACGUAGUCGGGCGCUGGCUGAAAAAGAGACUCUGGAGAAAGUAUACCAGCAACUUUUGGAGGAGCAUAGGAGGCUGCAGACUGGCUAUGACGACGCUAUCGCUGAAAAGGACGAAUUGACAUCCAGUGUAAGGGAUAUGCGAAGGCAAAUGGACGACCGCCGUCAAGACAAGUCCGACGGCAUAAUGCGUGCAGAGAUAGAGCGACUGCGCGCCGAGCUACAAAAGACCGAGGAGAAUUUGAGUACGGCUGAAACGGAGGCUGAGCGACAGACUUCGGUCGUGAACGAUCUGACGCGCCGGGUCGAGGAGUUGCAGGCCAAAGCCGACGAGGCGGCAAGGCUCAAGGACCAGGUUGACGAGUACCGCCAUGCUGCUGAAAAGUUGCACAAGACUGAGAAUGUAAUGGAAAAAUACAAAAAGAAAUUGGAGGAGAGUGCCGACCUCAGACGCACAGUCAAGAGCCUGGAAGAGCAAAACGCAACCUUGGUUGACAAGAACGCUGCGCUCGAAGAGGAAAACCGUAAAGUGGCCGCAUACAAGCCCCUGAUGGAAUCGUACAAAACUCAGAUUUCCGAACUUGAGAGCAAGGUUUCUCAACGCAACGCCGAUAUCGAGGGAGUGAAGUUUGAAUUAUCUCAGUCUCAGUCUCGACUGCGCCAGGCAAUGGAAGAGCGGGCAAAAGAUAGCGAAGCCCUCGAGCUUUACCAGGAACGCGUCCGGGAACUCGAGUUGGCAGCCGUCCCGAGACCCCGUAUUCGCACUGCUAGUACCGAUGAUGUUUCAGUCCCUGUUUCGGAGCCUCAGACCCCGGCUUUACCGAUAACUCCUGGCGACGAUCUGGACACCACAGCCAGAGGCUUGGGCGGAGAGCUCAAUGACGCGCUUACUGGAACGACCAUGACGGAUCUAAAGCUCCAAAUCCGCGCCUUGAAGCGUGAUUUGGAAGCUGCGCGAGCAGGUGGCGAAGAGCAGAGUAGGAUAUUGGUUCUCGAGAGCUUACUUGAAGAUUCCCAACGCAUGAAAUCACGGUACGAGGAGGACUAUCUUACUGCUCAUCGUGAGAAAUUGGCUCUUCAGGCUCAACUAGAGGAAAUUCGAAGCGGAAAGGCCGUUGGUGAUGGACCCGAGGCCGCUAUCGCCUUGCGUCAGAGGCUGAACGAGACUAUUGAACAGCUUGAUACGCUCAGAAAGGAGCACGCUGAGCUUCAAGUCAAGUUUGAAACCCAGUUCAGAGAUCUUACAAUUGCCAAGUCUGAUCUGAACCUUGUGAACAAGGACCAGCUCGAAAUCCUUACUACCCUUCGCGAAUCGGUCAACGAAGACAAAGCAGCGUUGGAGUCCGAAGCGGAGCGCCUCAAGGGACAAAUAGUCGAGUUGAAGGACAAGAACAAGAUGCAACUCGAGCAGGUAAACGCUCUCCUCAUGGAGAAGAUUUCCCUGCAAAACGAAGGGAUCGGUCAACGUGAGAAGAUGCUUGAGCGUGAGCGCCACUUUGGGGAUCUACGAGCGAGUCUGGGAGGAAAGGAGCUACCAGAGGAGGCCAAGGCCAAGUUUUUGGCUCUUCACGAGGAGAUGGUUCAGCUCAAAGAGCAACUCAAGACUUUGCAGGAGAAGUACCAGAAAGCUCGCGCAUUCAUCAAAGACCAAGACAAGUUGUUCAAGGAGCAAAACAAAUCGUCUGGAGGCCCAGCUACCUUCGAGGAAGCGGAGAAUCACAGGUCGCAGAUGAAGAUACUGGAAGAAGAAGUGGAGCGCUACAAGCGACUGCUCAGGGAAGCGGUCCAAAGGUAUCAACAAGAGCAAACGCUCAUGCUGGGUAUCAUUCAGCGACACGGCAUGAAUGUUACUCGCGGCCACCUCAAGCAGCCUCAACGCGCCGCGCCAUCGAGUUGGCUCGGACAGCAGCGGAAGAAUAUUGGACAAUCAUUGCAGCGGCACUAG